UUAAACAUAUAUCCUAUCUAUCGAUAUUUUUUGACAUAUUGGUUAUGUUUCUUAAGCUGUUACAGUAAAUUUAAAUAGUCGGGCGCCAUAUUUCAAAGUGAAAAGUUCCCAAAAUGUCCUACCAAUUGUAUCGUAACACCACUUUAGGUUACGCAUUACAAGACACGUUAGAUGAGCAAAUUCAGCAAGGCAAAAUAUCACCAGCACUUGCCUCAAAAGUUUUGGGUCAAUUCGACAAAAGUGUUGUAAAGAUGCUAGGCCAAUCUGGAAAUGCAAAAUGUGUCUUUAAAGCGAAUAAACUUAAUAAUUAUCGCUUUUGCGAUAAUGUUUGGUCGCUAUUUCUGAAGGAUGUCGAGUUUCGUGAGGCGGAGCGCUCCAUUACAGCGGACAAAGUUAAAAUAGUAGCGUGCGAUGGUAGACGUAACAAAUCCAUUUCGCAAGAUGAUUUUUACCUAUGGUAGUUGGGUUAACAUAAUGCGCGAGAGGCAGUAGUCUUUCCAAAGUUCUGAAAUAUUUUAAAUCCAUGCGCAAUAAUGGAAAAAUUAUUAAAAAUAA